AUGUCUUCCCAGCGUCGUCGCAUCGUCUUCAAGUCAGACUCCCUGUAUACAAACACCCAAUGGAUUCGAUGGAUCGACACGCACAAGGGAUCACCAAGGCAAGAUCAUCGAAUGAAAUUGACGCUCAAGACACUUUAUUGUUUGACGGAAAAUUUCAUAUCAAGGGAGCUGCGAGUCAGCACUCCGCCCGUUACCUAUGUAAUAAUUAACAUUGGGGCUCGAUCUACAGACAACCGCCCUCGACUCAACGGGGAUAUGGUCCGCGCUACAGUUCAUAUGAAGUCUGAGUUCCAUUCUGAUGGACCAAAGCUAUCUGUGAUGUUGAAUGCUACGGAAAGUGGAGGCACGUAUUUAUCUCCCUCUGAAUACUACAACUUGAAUGGACACGUUUCUGUUAGUGAUUUCCGAGGAAACCAACAAUUCAACUACUCCCCGGACAACAUCAAACAAUAUCUGUACACCAGAAGCACUGUUACUCCGGGAGUGACGAGGAUGCUUGGAAGUGGAACCAUACGUCGCGUUCGCCUGCUACCCAACCCGUCAAACAAAGGGACCGGGCGAACAGAUUUCGAUUCCAUCGAGCUCAUCGUCGGCCAUACCACGGAUAAAUUUGUAACCCGGGAGUUUCAUGUCAGAUACGUUAUCCACACGCCAACCGUCCCCGUCGACGACGCUGUCCGCUUGGAGCCGGGAUAUCGGGUCCGAUUAGCAGGAUUCCUCGUUGGGUUCGAUACGAAACGAGCCAGAUAUUCAAUCCAGGUGACAUCAGGACUUGUAGCCCGACGCGCAUCCUAUUCCAACGGGGCAAGAAAAGACAUCGUUGUCUUAAUAGACUCUUCUACCGAGGAAGAUUUUUCUUGA